CGUGCGUGUGUGUGUAGAGUUGUGUGUGGAACAGACGCUGCUGGUUUCUAGAGAGCAGCACAGGAAGAGGCAGAGUUCAGAUCGUGUUAGACCUUCUAAGGUGAAAGCAGGCAGCUCUUCCAAACCUACAUGUGUGCGGCUGCCUUUCUGGAUUGGUUUUAUUUUCCCAUCCUGUGGUUUGUGGAGUGUUGACGUCCUGCUUUUGAUUUUGAUCGUGGCGGUUCCCGGUGUGGCCUAGCCAGUGGUGCUAGUGGCAGUGGUGAGCUACAGGGCUGCAUGCCAUGGGCUGUGUCUUCUCCCUGCCAGAGGACAGGAUAGAUGCUGCUGAGAGAGCACCCACCACAAGAGAGACCAGCUUCAUUGAGAAAAUGAAGAAAACGGGCAAGAACAUCAUCGUGUUCUACGGCUCCCAGACCGGCACAGGAGAGGAAUUUGCCAACAGACUGUCCAAAGACGCUCAGCGCUAUGGCAUGAAAGGAAUGGCUGCUGAUCCAGAGGAGUAUGAAAUGGGGGAGAUGUCCCGUCUGUCUGAGAUCAACAACUCCCUCGCCAUAUUUUGUAUGGCCACCUAUGGUGAAGGAGACCCAACAGAUAACGCCCAGGACUUCUAUGACUGGCUGCAGGAAAAUGAUGAUGAAGACCUCUCUGGACUGAACUACACUGUGUUUGCUUUGGGAAACAAGACUUAUGAGCACUACAAUGCAAUGGGAAAAUAUGUUGAUAAAAGGCUGGAAGAACUCGGGGCCAAUCGCAUCUUUGACCUCGGUUUAGGAGACGAUGAUGGCAAUCUGGAAGAGGACUUUGUUUCAUGGAGAGAGCAGUUCUGGCCGGCCGUCUGUGAGCACUUUGGAGUUGAAGCCUUAGGAGAUGAAUCAAGUAUACGGCAGUACGAGCUGAAGGAACACACUGACAUCAACAUGAACAAAGUGUUCUCAGGAGAAAUCGGCCGCCUGAAGAGUUUUGAGGUUCAGAAGCCGCCCUUUGAUUCGAAAAACCCUUUCCUGGCUCCAGUCACUGUCAACCGCAAACUCAACAAAGCCGGUGAUAGACAUCUUAUGCACUUGGAACUAGACAUAACAGGCUCCAAGAUCAGAUAUGAGUCAGGAGACCACGUUGCCGUUUUCCCCACCAAUGACUCUGCGUUGGUGAACAAGCUUGGACAAGUCCUUGGAGUGGACCUUGAUCUGGUUAUCUCUCUUAACAACCUUGAUGAGGAGUCCAACAAGAAGCAUCCUUUCCCCUGCCCCACCACCUACCGCACGGCCCUCACUCACUACCUGGACAUCACACACCCUCCUCGCACUAACGUCCUGUACGAGCUGGCUCAGUACGCCUCGGACCCCAAAGACCAGGAGAAUAUGCGCAAGAUGGCUUCUUCCUCACCUGAGGGCAAGGCGCUCUACCAGAGUUGGGUGCUGGAUGCCUCGAGAAACAUCCUCGCCAUCCUGGAGGACAUGCCUUCUCUGAGGCCUCCCAUCGACCACCUGUGUGAGCUGCUGCCUCGUCUGCAGGCUCGCUAUUAUUCCAUCGCUUCCUCCUCAAAGGUUCACCCCAACAGCAUUCACAUCUGUGCCGUGGUGGUGGAGUACAAGACCUCGACCGACCGCAUCAACAAAGGAGUCGCCACCAACUGGCUGAAGAACAAACUGGUCAGUGACAACGGCCACAAGUCCACCGUCCCCAUGUACAUCCGCAAGUCUCAGUUCCGUCUGCCCUUCAAAGCCACAAACCCCGUGAUCAUGGUCGGACCUGGGACAGGAAUCGCUCCCUUCAUGGGUUUCAUCCAAGAGAGGGGCUGGCUCAAAGAACAAGGAAAGGAGGUGGGAGAGACGGUGAUGUUUUUCGGCUGCAGAUAUAAGAAUGAGGAUUAUAUCUACCAGGAGGAGCUGGAGGAAGCAGAGAGGAAAGGAGUUCUCACUCAGCUUAAUGUGGCCUUCUCUAGAGACCAGGAGCAAAAGGUGUACGUACAGCAUCUCCUCAAACAAAAGAAGGAGGACAUCUGGAAGCUGAUUCACCAAGACAACGCUCAUAUCUACAUCUGCGGGGAUGCAAGGAACAUGGCUAAGGAUGUGCAAGCGGCCUUCUAUGAGAUGGGAGAAGAACUGGGAGGCAUGACGCGCACACAGGCCACAGAUUACAUCAAGAAACUGAUGACCAAGGGACGCUACUCACAAGAUGUCUGGAGUUAAAGAGCCUCGGACUCAGUCUAACUGCUCGACUGGUGGUUUUUAAAUUUUCUAUUUGUAUCGUGUCUUGUUUUAUCAGGACUGAAUAUAAAACAUUAAACACUUGUUCAUUACCCUGGUUCAUGAGAGCUACAGGUAGUAGAAGCUCGUGAGGCAAACACUACCUCAGCAGGUUUAGUUCAUACAACACAUAUUAACACAUGUAUUUCUUAUGUAUACUUCAUUAUGGAUCUGGACCACCAUCUUGUGUCUCCUUUGAGCCGCGGUCUCAGACCAAAUACCGGUUCCCUAGUCUAGUUUUCAAGAGUUUCUGAUAUAAAUGAAUGGAUUUGUGUAAUUGGGGGCUUGACUGCACCUCUGGGUGCUCGGGGGGUCGGGUGUGGCACCCUACUGGCUUGAAGUUCCUCUGUCAGUCAUGCAAAUGAAGCAUUUUUUUAUUAAUGAGGCAAUCAGAGCAGCUUUAUAAACCGAUGACUGAGACAGACACCUCUGUAUGUACAUUAUAUUAUUCCACUGUGAACAUUAAGAUUUCCAUUGAAAAUUUAUAAAGCGCAUUCAGUUUGCCAUCUUGAGAUAUUUGUAACUUUUAUCUAACUGAUUAACAGACAGUAGACGUAACACCACAGCAGAUAGUGGAGCGUUCCUGGUGCAGUGUGAACACUCGUUCCCCUUUUCCAACAACAUGGAGCUGGUUCCUUUCCGGUUUUUCUCACCUAAAUUUUGAACAGUUUGGAGCACUUUGACCAAAAAUAAAUUGGCUCAGAAUCUGAAAAGGUGGUUCUCAGCUGGAACCAAAAGGUUGCAGGUUUUCCUUUUUAAAGUUUGAACCAUCACAUCAGUGGGCGUGUUAUCUUGUACAGGUUGGAACGAGAGGAAGUCUAUAGUUUUUAUACAUCUUCUUGUCAUUAAUAGUUGGUUCCUGCUGUCAGUAAUAACCAAGUGACAACCUUCGCAGCUGAAGAGUAAAGCUGACGUGGAAGUGGCAAAAGCCGCAGUUCCUUGGAUGACCACUUGAGGCUGGCUCCAAAAUCGUGUCAAUCCCCAUAGACCCCCAUGAUAAAAUGCUCAACUUUACAGCAGGAAUAAAUGUGUUCUGGCUGGCUAGCCUGCCUCAGCUCAAUGCCUAUGCGGUCUAUGGUAAUAACAAACCAAAACUUUGCAGGUAAUCAGUGUGAUGUGCUGCCUUAUUGCUAUUUACUUAGUUGUGCAUUGUGCAACGCUGUCCAUUAAUGAUCACAAACUGGUGAAAGGUUUACCACAGCUCUGAACGGAGCCAGUUCAAGAACCAGAGCUAAUUUGGUGGAAAAGGGGUUUUUGAGACGCUUUAGACAUGAAAAGGUGUCGACUUUAGUUUCUCUCAGAACCAAUCUUGUUGUACUUUGAGAGUUCAAUUAAAUGUGUUUAGAACAUUCAUAUAAAUUCUGAGUGAAAAAUGUUUAAUGUAACAUACUGGCAUUAUGGGUACUAUUAUGUUUACCUUUGUAUUUUGACAAGGGAUUUUGCCUGUUAUGCAUAAAUUGCUGUUUAUUUUAAUCAGUAAUGGUAACCUUUAAAAGGCACAAAAAGUGAUGCAAAGGGGAAUAUCAGUUAGAGAAAAAAAAUAGAGAUUAUGUGCAUUUUUAUUUACCAUAAAAUCCUUUAAACAUGGUGAAGGUGGUGUAGGUACCCGAUUAUAUUUUUAAAAUGUUCUUUGAAAUGUUGGCUUUGUAAACAAGAUCUGUCCUCCUGAAUAGUGGUUGUUUAUUUUAUAUGCAUCUGUCAACAGAGGAGUAUGAAAUCCAUUUGUCAUGUGGCAGUAACAGACGUAUGACUUCCACCUCUGUUUAUCUCUAUUUUUUUAAUUUUAAUUUUGUGUCGAAUCACAUAUGCACCACUACAUUACAAGACGUAUAAAAACAUCUUGUGUGUCUCCCAGCAUCUGUCCGUCAGUGCUCAUCUCAGUACUUCUGUGUGAAUAGGACGAGGUCAACAAACCAGUUAAAGUGCAGCCUGUGCCUUUUUAACACUGCCUUAUGUAUGAAGUUAGCAUUUUAACCCUGAUGCUUCACUGUCUUUUUCAUAGCUUUUUUUUUUCUUCCAUGCUUACAUUUUCAUAGAAAGUCACUUUACCCAAUUCUGUUGCUUUUUGUUUUGUCAUCCCACUAUAUGAUGUAAUUAUUUGAUUUUAUCCAGGCAUGCAUUUUUUAAUGAAUAAAAUUGGAAUAAAU